AUGCUCCCCACUCCAGAUACCUCCCAUGUCCCCUUCAACACCGUGUACGAACCGGCCGAAGACUCCUACCUCUUCCUCGACACGCUCUCCUCCCCCGCCGAGUCCGCCUGGCUGGCGACACGCUUCGCAACAACUCCUGCCCCCCUGAUCACAGAAGUCGGCUGCGGCUCUGGCGUCGUGCUGGGCUUUGCGACGGCCAACGCGCAGAGUAUCUUCGGGCGGCGGGAUGUCCUCGCCAUCGGCACAGACGUCAACCUGCACGCCUGUCUCGCAACACGGGAAACCGUCCAAAGAGCAGUGCAAACCCAACAGAAGGAGGAGGCUACAUCACAACAAGAGACAACGACAUCGCUAUACCUCGACUCCCUUACAGCAGAUCUGUGCCGUCCCCUCCGCCCCGGCAGCGUCGAUGUCCUCCUCUUCAACCCGCCGUACGUCCCCACGCCAGACCUGCCGCCCAUUCCUUCCAACGACCAGACGUACGGCCCAUCGAAACCCUCCUUCGAGACGGAAUCGUAUCUCCUCUCAUUGACCUACGCGGGUGGCGCGGACGGGAUGGAAACCACGAAUCGGCUGCUGGAGCUUGUCCCGGACGUUCUGGCCGAUCACGGCGUGGCAUAUGUGCUUCUUUGCGCGCAGAAUAAGCCGGCACAAGUUCGAGAAAGCAUCCUUGCAUGGCCAGGUGAGUGGCAGGCCGAGAUUGUCGGUCGGAGUGGCAUGCAGGCUGGAUGGGAGAAGUUGGUUAUAUUACGGAUAUGGAGAUCUACUUGA